CCUACAUGCACGUAUUAAUUUCUGUCUCAUAUAUAUUAACCCUUCUGUGCUAUCCUGAGAGACACACUUAACUACUAUAAUCUCUUCCUCUUGUCUUUGAAAUCCUUUUCUAAUUCAAAUAUUAUAUAACGAUUGAAAUGGCAGCACAAGCUGAAAUUGAGCAUCCUAGGAAGGCAUUCGGAUGGGCAGCUAGGGAUUCUUCCGGUCUUCUCUCCCCUUUCAAUUUCUGCAGAAGGGAACCCGGUGAGAAAGAUGUGGCAUUCAGAGUGUUGUACUGUGGGAUAUGCCACUCGGACCUCCACAGCAUAAAGAACGAAUGGGGCACUUCCAUCUAUCCAAUGGUUCCUGGGCAUGAGGUAGCUGGUGUAGUAACAGAGGUGGGAAGCAAAGUAGAGAAGUUCAAAGUUGGGGACAAGGUUGGUGUGGGAUGCCUGGUUGAUUCCUGCCGCACCUGCCAAAACUGCUGUGACAAUCUUGAGAAUUAUUGUCCUCAAUCUACGUUCACAUAUGGUGCCAAAUAUAGAGAUGGCACCAUCACAUAUGGAGGCUACUCUGACUCAAUGGUUGCUGAAGAGCAUUUUGUGGUUCGCAUUCCAGAUAGAUUACCACUUGAUGCUGCUGCACCUCUUCUUUGUGCUGGCAUCACUGUGUAUAGCCCUCUCAGAUAUUAUGGACUUGACAAGCCUGGUCUGCAUGUGGGUGUGGUUGGUCUUGGUGGACUAGGCCAUAUGGCUGUCAAGUUUGCCAAAGCUUUUGGUGCUAAGGUCACAGUAAUAAGUACUUCACCAAACAAAAAGGAAGAAGCAAUACAAAAUCUUGGAGCUGAUUCCUUUCUAAUAAGCCGGGACCAAGAUCAGGUGCAGGCUGCAAUGGGUACUUUUGAUGGUAUUAUUGACACAGUUUCUGCCGUUCAUCCUCUCUUACCUCUCAUUGGUUUGCUCAAGUCUCAUGGAAAGCUUGUAAUGGUUGGUGCACCGGAGAAGCCUCUGGAACUGCCUGUUUUUCCUUUACUUGCGGGGAGAAAGAUAGUUGCUGGCACUCUGAUUGGAGGGCUAAUGGAGACGCAAGAAAUGAUUGAUUUUGCAGCGAAACACAAUGUGAAACCUGACAUUGAAGUCAUUCCUAUGGACUAUGUCAACACAGCAAUGGAGCGCCUCCUUAAAGCAGAUGUUAAAUAUCGAUUUGUUAUUGAUAUUGGAAACACACUGAAAUUCUGAGACCAAGCUCUUAAAUAUUGCACGAUUUACAUUUCAGAGAACGAACCGUGGGCGACUAGUAGAUAGUAAAUAACAAAAGGGGAGAGAGAUGUGAUAACUUUCAACCCUGCCACUUGUCAUGGAACUAUUGAUUUCGAUUUAUAUUAUGUAUUUUUGUUAGGUCAUGUCUUGAAUAAUAUUUUUUCUUUUGCAUAUAA